GACUCACCUGGAGGUACCUGUGCGCUCGCCGGCGCUGCGCAGGGCCGAGCUUCCCACCCUGGCUGGGGCACCCCGCGUCCAAGCGGUCGCGGUGGAAAGGACGCUCAGCGAGCACCCUGAGUCCCCAGAGCCCGGCUGGGCCGACGAACCGCUCCGAACAUGCCCUCCCGCCCUCCUCCUGGGGGUAGGCGCCCGGCACCGAGGUGCAGGGGACCAGAGGACUCAGCUUGGGACUCAGCUGGAGACCCGCUCGGGAAGGAACCAGGCAGUCGGCUUCCAGAGCCCACCUGGCCCGGGAGUGGGGCGGGGAUGGGAGAAAGUUGCUCAGUUAGACCCCAGAGCAGGAGCUAAAGAGUGAAGAGCUCAGGUCCAGCCCGGACUCAGGGCGACUGCGACCCUAGUUACUUUCUCUGGAGGCCCUGCUGGACUCUGGGCGGCCCUGUCCAAGGAACACCGUGGGCCAGGGUAGGUCCGGAGAGUAGGUUGGGAACUUGUUGGGCGCCUGGCAUUUCUGUCCCCGAGUGAGUUCACCCACACUGAGGCCCAAGGAGGUGGCUGGAGGGGGGUGCCAUUCCCUCCGAGUUCUGCAUGGGGCAGGAUCUCCCCGGACCUAUGGGAUGAUGAGUACCUGCCUCCUGCCCCAAGGCUGGAUGGACCCAGAUGGGAGCCGGUGGGGGCAGAGGCAGCUCCAGGGAGGCCAGUCUGAGAGUUCCAGCAGGUACACCAGAGGUAAGAAACCUGCUAGAGGACUCCCAAGCCCACCAAGCCCAGCCCCUAUUCCCAGCAUACAACAUGGCCAGGGCCUCUCUGCUUAGGGCCCCAACUUUCUGGGUCCUGGCUCCUCCCCUGCCUUCUCUGAAAUCUUGCUCCUUUGAGCUCCUGUUUCUUCUGAGGUUGUGUCUUCUGGUGCUGAGCUUGGUACAGCUUGAAAUGAAAGGUUUCCCAGAGGACUGAGCCCCUCAGCCCCUUCCGCCUCUGCCUGCCCAGGUGCCAUGUUUCUGGGGUCUGUGGUUGGGAGAUUUUCCCAGCAGACUGCCCUGGUUUGGGGCACCCCUCACUCUGCAUCCCAGGAACGGCUUAAGACUUUCUUCCUUGCUCCCUCCAGCCCUCAACCUGUGUCCUUGGAGGCCAGUGUAGGUGGGGCAGGAUGGUCCCCCUCAUCUUCCCUGGGGUCAGAGUUGUGACCUCCACAUUCAGUAACUGCUUGGCAUGCUCACCAAGAUAACUGUGGGCAUCUCGGCUGGAAAGCCAGGGGAGGCCAUGUUAUACACUGGGAAUGGGGGCUAGGCUUAGGAGUCCUGGAGCCCAUCUCUGGUGUACCAGCUAGAGCUCUCAGCUGAGCACCAGGUAUACUCUGAGGCUGGUCAGGCUAGGAGGCCACAGUAUUCCAAGCUGAAGUGGCCUGAGGCCUUGUUCCUGAAGCUCCUGUCCCCUCCACCUGGGGGAUGGAAGGCAGCCAAGUUUCAGCCCCCCAGAGGUCCUGGGGUCUAGGGUGGAGGAGGUCUGCCCCAACCACAGCACUUUAGGUUCUAGCUGUGCCAUCAUGUCAUCACGGGGGCAGCAGUGGCCUCAGGAGUGCCCAGGUGCCCGGCCUGAUGUGUGGGACCCUGGUGGGCAGGGCCUGUGGCUUUGGCGGCCCCCCUGGUGGGCUCCUUGAGCUGGCACUGGCUGUUGUUGUCUUUUCUCCAGUUCCUCCACUGGGGGGAGGGAGUGGUCAUGAGGCUGGCAAGAGAACUGGCUGUCAUCUGGCUCCCUCACGUGCUCCCCUGGAGGGUCCUGAGCCUGCAGCUCCCCUGUGGACAGAAGGAGGCUACCUGGCAGCCAUGGGCCGGGGGCACCCAGCUUAAAGGAGAGCCGUCGCACCCUGCUGCGUCCACAGUACUUCUUCCUGCUUCUGCCCUAAGCUCUUUAGCCUUGAAGGGAGGCGCGCUGGAGGGAGGUGCCGUUCACCUCAGGUGGCCCAGAGAGGGGAGGGCACGGCCCAAGGUCACUUGGGCAUGAGGCAUAGAGCCAGAUCCUAGGCCUGACUGGCUACCGCCUCCCCCCACCCCACCCCACCCCCACCGAGUACAGAGAGUGCCCAGGAAGUGCCUGUUCUGGGGGGGGAGUUCCUGGAGCCCAUUGCCCAGGGCAGAUGAAAGGAGGGACAGGACUCACCAUGACCAUGCCACAUUCUUUAACAUGAGCCAGGGGCUGGCAUGCAGGGAGGGAGCAGGGCUUGGGGCGGACUGGGAGCCAGGGUCUCUGAGGUUACCCCUGCUUUUAAGGGGUGGGUGCUGGGAGGGCUGCAGGUGGUUGUUCUGGAAGUUGUGACAUGGGUAUGAGAUGAAGGGAGAGGGAGAUGAGCACCUGGAGCAAGAGGCAGAGAGAGCUGAGAUGUUCUGAGUCUGAGGCUGUGAAGGGGGCCAUGUGGGCCAACAAGGUACGCUGCUCCCCAGGUGGAGCAUUGCUUUUGGAUCUGCAGACUUUGCGCAGGGAUGGGGGGCUUGAGGGGACACUUAACAUCUUGGGCUUCUGCCAGCCAGAGACAGUGCCAGGGGCCAGAGGGCUGCAGAGAUCUUGCCAACGUCAUCUUCGCCUUCGGGCUGAUGCAGCACAUGUCCCUGCAGAUGUGUGGCUCGUGUCUGAGCUCUUCUCACAGACCCCGCAGCAGCUCUCCUUCUACAGCUGGUACGGCAGCGCCAGGCUCUUCCGCUUCCGGGUGCCUCCAGCCACUGUCUUGCUGCGCUGGCUGCUGCAAGUGUCCCGGGGCAGUGGCCCCUUGUGCUCAGAUGUGGAGAUCACUGUACACUUCCGCUAUGGCGCUCCUCCAGUCAUCAAUCCCCUGAACACCAGCUUCCCUGACAACACCUCAGUGCCACCCUCCUUCCAAGUGCGAAUGCUGCUGAGUGCGAUGCUACAGAGCAACGCCUCUGUCAACGUCUCCCAUCCAGCAUCUGGGGACUGGUUUGUGGCUGCCCACCUGCCCCCCUCUCCCGAGAAGAUCCAGGUGAAGGGCUUCGUCCCCUCCUGUGCCUACAUCUUCCAGCCAGACAUGCUGGUCCUGCGGGCAGCUGAAAUCUCUGUGCUGGAGCCUGACAUGCCCCUACCACAGACCCUCUUUCUUUCACGCUCCAGCUACCUCAAGGUCUUCGUCCCUGAGUUCACACAAGAGCUGCUGCUUGAGCUGCAGGACUGUGCUUCCAACGGGAGCCAGGCCUGCCCUGUGCGCCUGGCCGUGGGCUCGGUCACCUUGCCUAGUGAUUUCCGGAGAGUGCUCAGCUGCACUGGCCACCCCUUGCCCUGCCGCCUGCUGCUGCACUCCCCACCCUGGGACCGGUGGCUGCAGGUGACAGCUGAGAGCCUGGUGGGGCCGCACGUCAUGGUGGCCUUCAAUGCCGUGGCCACCCUCACAGCCUGCAGGCCGUGGACUGUGAGCACCCAGCACCACCUACAGGGCAGCCCCAACCAGAGCCAUAAUGUCUCCAAUGGCCCCCAGGACCCCAACCAUAGUGGCGGAGCAAGUGACUCCUGCUGCCUCAUGAGCUACCCUGUGCUGCGGGAAGACAUGGAUGUGGUGUCUGUGCGCUUCCGGCCUCUGGACAGGGUCUCUGUGGUUGUGUGGCCCGACGUGCCCUCUGUGCUGCAGCUGUACCUUAACACGGGCAUGGACAGCGGAGGCUCCCUCACCAUCUCACUGCGGGCUAACAAGACCAUGGUCAAGAACAGCACUUUGGUGGUGGCCUGCGUGAAUGCCGCCUCCCCUUUCCUCAGCUUUAAUACUUCGCACAACUGUACCACAGCCUUCUUCCAGGGCCACCCGCUGACCCUGAGCGCCACAUCCCGGCAGGCCAACCUCAUAGUCCCCUUCCCAGAGACAGAAAACUGGUACCUAUCCCUGCAGCUCAUGUGUCCCAAGAACCCCAAGGAGUGUGAGCAGGACAAGGUACAUGUAGAGAUGACCCUGUACCUGGUGCCCUGUGUGAACGACUGUGGACCCUAUGGCCAGUGCCUUCUGCUCCGCAGACACGGCUACCUGUAUGCAGGCUGCAGCUGCAAAGCUGGGUGGCGCGGCUGGAGCUGCACGGACAACAGCACGGCCCAGACAGCGACGCAGCAGACAGUGGCUGCACUGUUGCUCACCCUCAGUAACCUGGUAUUCUUGGCCCCCAUUACCGUCUCUGUCCAACGUGCCUUCCUGGUGGAGGCCUUUGCCUACACCUACACCAUGUUCUUCUCCACGUUCUACCAUGCCUGCGACCAGCCGGGGGAAGCUGUGCUGUGCAUCCUCAACUAUGACACGCUGCAGUACUGCGAUUUCCUGGGCUCUGUGGUGUCCAUCUGGGUCACCAUCCUGUGCAUGGCGCGACUAAAACCUGUCCUGAAAUAUGUCCUGUUUCUCUUGGGCACACUGGUCAUCGCUAUGUCACUGCAGCUGGACCGCAGGGGUGCCUGGAACAUGAUGGGGCCCUGCCUCUUUGCCCUUGUGGUCAUGGUUUCCAUGUGGGUGUACCGCUGUGGGCGCCGAUGCCACUGCUACCCCACCUCAUGGCAGCGCUGGGCCUUCUACCUGCUGCCUGGCAUCUCCAUGGCCACUGUGGCCGUGGCCAUCUACACCUUCAUGAUGACCAGUGACAACUACUACUACACCCACAGCCUCUGGCAUGUGCUGGUGGCCGGGAGUGUGGCCUUCCUGCUGCCGCCAUGCGAAGAACACACGGAGCCCUGGGCCUGUGUGCAGAGGCUCCCUUGCCAUUACCAGAUCUGCAGGAAUGACCGAGAGGAGCUGUACGCUGUGACGUGAUGGCAGGCGGGUGGGUGGGCAGGACAGGGAGAGAGACCCUGUCCAGACUGAUUUACAAACGAAUAAAAGUGCCCUGAGCAGCCUCCUGGCUCUGUCCUCCAGAGAGAGGGCCAUCACCCUCCCAGCACAGUGGGGCUCCCUGGGCACUGUCAACUCAGUCCCCCUGCCAUCUGACAGGUCAGUGGCAGCUAGGGCUGAAGCUGGCAGGACCAAGUAUAGGCUGUCCAGGCCUCUUGGGAGGGUAGUUUGAUUGGAGACAUGGAGAAAGUCUUCCCAUUGCCCUGUCCCUGUGAGGGUGUGCUCUGAUCUUGGGGCAGGGAGGCCAGAGCCCCACUUCUCAUGGGCGGAGUGGGUUACACCUGAGUGCCAGCAGCCCUGGUGGGCACCCCUCUGCUGCCAUCACCAUGGGUAGAGGUGCCAUGGUUACCGAAGCUGAUGGGCACAGGGGAUGCAGGGCCAGCCCACUAUGGGGUAACUCUCCCAUGUGGGCCCAGAGGGGAGCCCUGGGAGGGUGAUGUGUGCUGCCCAGGGGGCGUAGUCCCACAGGGCAAACCUGGCUCCCUGGGGAGUAUCCGGUUGUAGGGCCUGGGAGCCCAAACAGUGGCUGUCCCUUGCACUGGGCCAUGCUUGGAGAAGGGCUUCCUGGUCCCCAGGCCUUUUUUGAUGCUCUGUCCUGGGAAGCAGGGGAAAGGGGCUGUUGGUUGGGGACACUGCCCAGCCCUUCCCUGAGGCCACAGUGUAGGGGGCAACCCUCCAGAGGUUGGUUGCCAAGCCUAGGUAGGCCAGGCAGUGUCCGGUGGAGAACACAGCCUACCCCUGGGGAUACUCCUUCUGUCCAGGGUGUGUCUCCCGGCCUCCCUCAACCCCAGUUACCGCACACUUGGCUAUUGAAGCAUCUUCCAGGCUUCUAAAAGGGAACCCUGUAUAUUGGUGUAUAGAAUUGGUGUAUAUUGGGGAUAGAAUUUUUUCUGAAUUAAGACAUUUUUAUGUAGCUUUUA